AUGCUGCCGCCAUCGCUCAUUUGUUUCUUGUGCAUCUCAUUUUCCCUGCGUACAUGAUCUCUGCCGGUUUUUCGUUACGUUCAUUAACUGUUCGGUGUAAAUUACUGCUUUAUUUCCCCUCAAUUCGUCAGGGAAUAACAUCCGGCUUCGCCUCCCACAACAGUGACAAGUACCAGAGUCUUUGGAGUGAAGAUUUAGAUUCGAUCUACUGCUACAACAUGCCAAAGAACAAGGAUUACUCAUCCUCUGAUGCCAGCAGCCACAGCAGCAGUGAGGACGAGAAGCCAAAGAAGAAGCAGAGGACUGAGAAGUCGAAGGAUAAAGAGGAGACAGCAGAGUCCAGCAAGAAGACAAAGGGAUCGAGCAAAGCCAACGAGGAAGAGCCUCACUGGGAGCUUGGAAACAACAAGAGGGUCACGGUUCGUCAUUUCAAGGGCAAACUCUACGUCGACAUUCGAGAGUACUACGAGAAGGAAGGCGAGAUGAAACCAACGAAGAAAGGUGUUUCAAUGGGCCUUCCACAAUUCACCGAGCUCAUGACGAUCAUCAACGAGGUUGAGGACGUCGUCAAGAUCAAGUCAGGGAACUAAUGAAUAUGUUCGUUAGUUUACAUUUUCUUCCAUUACUUUAUGUUCAUUUUUUCAUGAUAUAAUCAUGAACUUUCACGUUUGUAAUAAAUUCAACAUGUAAUGAAAAUAAAUACCUAAAUUUUGGUUAA